GAAGAAUAAAAUUCCACCUAUAACCUGUGGUGGGCAGCAAUCCGUGUCUGCUGCUUCUAAGUCUUCCGCAUUAGACCAGAAGAAGAAGAGGCGCAAGAGAGCAAAUACCGCACCUUCGACCUAGGCAAAGCAUGGCAAUGACUGGCCAGAGCUCGUGCUCCUCCAUGAGCAACCACACCAAGGAGCGGGUCACAAUGGCCAAAGUGACCUUGGAGAACUUCUACAGCAACCUUAUCACCCAGCACGAGGAGAGGGAGAUGAGGCAGCAAAAACUGGAAAAGGUGAUGGAUCAGGAGGGCUUGGCCGAUGAAGAGAAACGUAUUCGGCGUUCUGAGCAUGCAAGGAAAGAGACAGAGUUUCUACGUUUAAAACGGACUCGAUUGGGUCUGGAAGACUUUGAGUCCCUGAAGGUGAUUGGCCGAGGAGCUUUUGGUGAGGUUCGGCUGGUGCAGAAGAAAGACACUGGUCAUGUCUAUGCUAUGAAAAUCCUCCGAAAAGCUGACAUGCUGGAGAAAGAACAGGUUGGCCAUAUCCGUGCUGAGAGGGACAUUCUGGUAGAGGCAGACAGCCUGUGGGUGGUCAAAAUGUUCUACAGCUUCCAGGAUAAGAUGAACCUCUACCUCAUUAUGGAGUUUCUGCCUGGAGGCGACAUGAUGACCUUGCUGAUGAAGAAGGACACUCUCACAGAAGAAGCGACUCAGUUCUACAUUGCAGAGACGGUGCUGGCCAUCGACUCCAUCCACCAGCUGGGCUUUAUCCACAGAGACAUCAAACCUGACAACCUGUUGCUGGAUUCAAGGGGUCAUGUGAAGCUGUCUGACUUUGGUCUGUGUACUGGGUUGAAGAGGGCCCAUCGUACUGAGUUCUACAAGAACUUGAACCACAGCCUGCCCAGUGACCUCAGUAAGCAAACUUUCCAGAACAUGAACUCCAAGAGGAAAGCAGAGACUUGGAAGAGGAACAGGAGGCAGCUGGCUUUCUCCACAGUGGGAACCCCAGACUACAUCGCUCCAGAGGUCUUCAUGCAGAAUGGAUACAACAAGCUUUGUGACUGGUGGAGCCUGGGUGUCAUCAUGUACGAGAUGUUAAUAGGUUACCCUCCAUUCUGCUCAGAGACACCUCAGGAAACUUACAGGAAAGUGAUGAACUGGCGUGAGACGCUUACCUUUCCCCCAGAAGUGCCUAUAUCAGAGAAGGCCAAAGACCUCAUCCUCAGAUUUUGCUGUGAGGAAGAGCACAGGAUCGGUGCUGUAGGUGUGGAGGAGAUCAAGUCCAAUUCUUUCUUUGAGGGGGUAGACUACGAUCAUAUCAGAGAAAGACCUGCUGCCAUUCCCAUUAACAUCAAAAGCAUUGACGACACCUCAAACUUUGAUGAAUUCCCUGAUUCAGAUAUCCUCACACCAACAACCACCCAGGUGUCCAAUCAGACCGAAGCAGAUCUGAAGAACAAAGACUGGGUCUUCAUCAACUACACCUACAAACGCUUCGAAGGCCUGACUGCUAGAGGAGCCAUACCGUCCUACAUGAAGUCAGGGAAGAGAUGAACACUUUCAGAUUGGCUUUUAACCGACACCCCCAUGAAACCUGAAUGAGUUGUCCGACCUCCUGCUAUGUGAGGAACUUUAGCCCUGAAAGGAGAACUGUGACUCUGCUCUAUGUUACCGGAGUGAUGAGGAGUUCUUGUCAUUCAGCCCUCUGCAAAUAAUAAAGGGGCUUGUUUUCAUCCCUUGCUUUCCAUAGAUUUCCAUUACACCAUAGGAUUUGCUGUCUUCAUUUCUGCAGGUCUUCACUUCGAUGCUUCCGAGGGUACCUCUCUUCUUCCUGCUCUCACAAUGACUGAAAAUGGGAUUCAAGUAAUUCUAUCCACUUGUUUUUUGCACCAGUGGAUGCAGUUGGAUGUCAUUACUUCUGAUACCAGCAUCAUUUACAUUCCCUGUCGAUAAACCAGCACCAUUCUGUCAGACCUUCCAAGGGCUCUUUCACUUCUUUUACCAUUUUAUGUUGACUUAUCAACUCAGACUUUGCAUUGCGUUGUUACUUGAAGUGAAUCAGGUGCUCUUCAGGGAUUCUGUCCAAAUGUUUCUUGUUAUUUCCAACAAGAUCUCACUCUGAGGCUUCUCUAAAGUGCUGCUGGCUUCCUAAGGUAACCUAACCAAAGACUGUGAGCUGAAUGAUGUUUCUGCUUGAUCUCUCUGUCACGUCACUUGUUGUAAACUUAGAGUUGUACUUUUAUAGAUUCGAGAUUUGCAAAUUCUGCUUGUUGAAAUGUGUGAAUAUAUGAGAAGUAUGCUUUUUUUGGAACAAACACAAGAGUCUUGUUACAUUUUGACAAUGAUCCGUUUAUGUUCAAACACCUUAAAUAACGAAGUGGUGUGGAUGAACCUCCAGUACAGUCAGGCCUCCAGCUCAUUAGAUUGUGUGUUUGGAUUGGGAGUUUGAGUUUGACACAGUGAAAGGGUUAUCUCAAAGUUAAAAUCACCUUUCCUCCAACAAUCUACAUUUGACUAUUUUAUUGUACAGCUGCAACUAACAAUUUUGAAAUGAUCAAUCUGCCAGAUAUUCUCACAAUUAAUGAAAGUCCCAAGUGACGUUCUCGUCUUUAUUUGUCCAAACAGUCGGAAACUUUAAAGUAUUAUAUGUAGAAAAAUAUUGGAACAAGGAAAAAUGGGGGGGAAGUAUUUUGAGGGCCUUGAACCAGCAAAUGAUUUUUUGUUUAAAAAUUACUCAAAAGGAUUGUUUGUUAUGAUGGUUGCAAUUUUCUGCCAAAUGUUGCUGCUUGUACAUGUCUGCAGUUGUAAUGUUUGGUGGCAAUGUAGGUCUUAAUUAUUGAUUGAGCUGUCAACUUUGAAAUUGAUCAAAACAGAAAAUAUUUCAUAGCAUGAGGUGAUACUUAAUGUCUUGACUUGGAACCAUUCACUUUAUGAGAUUGGUUGUUAAUUACAUUUAACCAAAAAAUCUGUUGAAACUCACUCCAGUCUGCACAUCAGUGUGUGCAUGAUACAAGGUUUUUGUUUUGGAUGGUGCCAAUUAGCUGUAGCCGAAAAACACAGAACCUGAAUAGAUAAUUGACCACCGUGAAAACUGCUCAGUGUGUUCUGUGAUUGAUCCAGAUAAAAACUGUUGCUGGAAAAUGGAGAAACAACUUACUUACAGCUUGUGGGAAUAAGUAAUGGUUUCAUAACAAGUAGCUGCAUGUGAUUGUGGAUGUGAACAUUACAUGAUGUGGAAACAUACCACUCUUUGCCAGGCCUGUGUUCCAGUUCUGUUUCAGUCGGUAGCACUGCACUCACAAGACAAUAGGUUGUUUUAGUUAAAAUUCAGAGAAAUAAUGUCUUUGUUUGAAAUCUGUGUGGAUGUGUAAUAGCAUUGCGGUUGAUCUGAGGCCAGAGUGAUGGCCACUGAUGGAGAGAAUCUUUUAGCAUUACUAUGUUAGGCUGCCAUUCUGAAUGUGUGAUUUUUUUUAAAAAAUAUUAUUUUUAAGAGACAUUUAACAUCUUAACUCCACAAUGCCACAGACAAGAUCAAGUGGUGGAGUUACUUUGUACAUUUACAAGCACAGGGCUUAACAUUUUCCAGUGAACACAAUAUCCAAAAUGCUGUCAUUUAAAAUGAAUGUAAAUUAAGUUUUAUGGUGUUGUGGAGAGUUUUUUGUUUGUUUUUGAGGGAGGGGUUGCAUUUUAAAAUGGUAGUUUUAAGAUGAUGCUUGUGUGAAUGAAAGCUGGACCAUACAUGUUUUCUUUUUUAUUUGGAUUCUUUGUCAUAACACGCAUGGUGUGCUGUAACUAUGGAAAUCCAUUCCUGCUAUAAACAACAACAAAAGAAACAAAGAGUACAGAGAAAGGAAAGAACAAGGGUCAAAACUAUAUGCCAAGAUAAAUGAUGACUUAUUGUUGCAAUAUUGGUAUAGACUUCCUCAUUUUGCAAUUAAAAUCAUGAUUUUUUAUCGAAUCAAGUUAUGAAAAAAGUGGAUAUAUGUCGAAGCUUUCAACUCAAAGUCAAAUGUACGUCAGGAUUCCUAGAAUUUUGUUGACAUACUUUACAUACAUUAAACUGUUGACCAAGACUAUUUUCAAAUUUACAGGAUUACCAUAAUCAUAGUCAAAACUAUUUAACGAUUACAUAGAUAUUUGAAUAGACAACUAAAGACAGCCUCUUUCCCCCUUUCGAGCAGGAAUGGUCUUCCAUUAAUAACAGUGAGUCUGGAGAUUUUUUUUUCCUUGUCUGUUAUAUAGUGUAUGUAGGUAGUCUGUAGAUGAAGCACAGCACAUUGUACCACUUUUUAGAAAAACAUGCAGUUGAGCUUUUAUUCUAUGGCAGGGGUCUUUUGUUUUUUUAAAUAAAUGUUUCUUUGCUGGGAUACUCCUGCCCUGCAUGCUUUAACCAAACAGCGGAUGAGUCUGCUUAUAGCAAGAGAGCACAUGGAAUGACUUGUUUUAUUGAUGAUGCCACUUGUGGUGUGAGUGUGUGUGUGUGUUUUAGACUGCAAUGAUGUAAUCAUGAACAGGAAAAGUGAUGCAGGUUUGGAUGGCUUGAAGACAUGUAUGCUGUUUUCUACAAGUGAUGCUCAGAUUUGUGUGUAUGCUCUGCUCAUGUCAUGAUGUACCAUGUGGUCAGAGUUAAAAGUUAGAGGUUGUGGGAAGGUGAGUGUACAUUAUUUAAACCAUUUUUCUCUUUGUAACGUGUGGCUGUUGUAUUGUUUUCUGCUAUUUGACAAUGAAUUACUCUGCACUUAC